GAGAAUAUAAUUUAGAAACAAAAAAAGGUUCAGGAUUAAAGAUGAUUUUUGAAGCAAAUAUUCAUUUUGAGUUUGCUAAUAGUACAGAUAAACAUUGUUUAGCAUAUACAUCAAAAGAUUAUAAUAGAUGCAAACUUUCAGAACAUAAUCCUAACUCUAAAAAAGAAUUAAAAUGUAAAUAUGAUUUUAAGGAUCUUUCAAAAAUAUGCUUAUAUUAUAAUAAAAAUUGUAAAAGAUCAUUUGCACAUAUUAAUAAAGAUUCAACAAUAGCUGGACUAUUUUUAUUUAUUUUUGAUGAAUCUAAGUUUGAAAAAGAAAAACCAAAUUUUUAUAAAGAAGCAAUUGUUAAAGUUUUAAAAGGAGAAGAUGUAGAUGAAGUUAUUGUUGAUUUAUCUAAAAAUUGUGAACAAUAG